GGAGAUACAUUCCCCUAACUAUCGACACCUCGUCAAUUCUUGCUAUGAUCAAGGUGAAGUUUGCUCUAGCUGUCGUUUGGGGGAUGUUUGAGCCUUGAAAUCUCCAUUCUAAACUUUCGUUAAUCCAUUGGACCCUUCCACUCCCCCUUCCCCUGGACCAGAUACAGUUACCUAUAGAUACACAGGCAACAUGUGGGACGGACUAUUCCUCCUUCUCUCCCUUAGCGGAGCAAUGGGAGCUGCGUCAUUUCUCGCAGGAUUGCUCCCGCUCUCUUUCUCUCUUACGAAACGGCAGCUACGUCUAAUCUCGGCCCUGGGAACGGGCAUCCUCGUUGGCACGGCACUCAUUGUGAUCAUCCCCGAGGGAAUCGAGACAUUAUAUUCAGCAAGUGCCAAUACACGAAAGUCUAGCGUCCAACCAGGCGAGGGUGCAACACGUGGAGGUCAGGGAGCGCUUUCACUCCACACCUUCGAUAACAUCGGGCUGGAUGCGGACCGAGACGAACCGGAAGGGUUCAGGGGCCCGAAGCAUUUAAAACCCGAUGUGAGGAGCACCGACGAAUACAUCCGAUCCAUCGGCAAGCGUGACUGGCGAGAGCGCGGGAAGACCGAGAGUAAAGGCAAAGAUCUCGACAGCACCACCAGCAAAGACGAAGAGAUGAAGUCGUCCGACCCCCACGAAGUCUACGACUCGAUCCCCAAGACCGACACCUCCUCCCCCCACACCUGGAUCUCCAUCUCCCUUAUCCUCGGCUUCUCCCUCAUGUACCUCAUCGACGCCCUCCCCAAACUCGGUGCCUCCCGCCCCCGCGCCCCGAUGCACAUCUCCCUCUCCGACCUCAGCCAAGGCCUCCAUCCCCCUUCCCCCACCGCGCCCUCCACCCCCUUCCUCCCCGUCUCACCCCAAUCCCACAGUCCACAAACCACCACCUUCGGCCUCCUCAUCCAUGCCCUCGCCGACGGCGUCGCCCUCGGCGCCGCCUCCGCCUCUUCCUCCCAACCCACAAAGCCCGGUUCCGACGCCGCCCACCACUCGCUGACCGUCAUGAUCUUCCUCGCCAUCCUGAUCCACAAAGCGCCCGCUGCGUUCGGCCUCGUCGCGCUGCUGCUGAAGCGCGGGGCGAGCAAGCGCACUGCGCGGAGCCAUCUGCUGGUGUUCAGUCUUGCGGCGCCGAUGGGCGCGUUGUUGGCCUGGUGUGCGAUCUCGACGUUUGGGUCGUGGGGGACGGCUGCGGGAGGGGAGAGUAACGGACAGUGGUGGACGGGGUGCGUGCUGAUUUUCAGCGGCGGGACGUUCUUAUAUGUUGCGACGCACUCCCUCUCCGAAGCGACCAAUGGGCUUGGCGCCGUUGAACCCCAUGAGUUGGAUCUGUCCAAUCCGUAUUCGUCGGCGAACGGCGACGGCAUGGGGAAUGGCCAUGCGUACGACGGAUACUCCAAGUCGUCCGGGUCGAACUUGACGCGUACCGAGAUCGGAUGCACGCUCUUGGGCAUGUUUCUGCCAUUGAUCGCCCUGGCGGGCGAGGGUGGCCACGGACAUUGACCGGAUUAUCUCCUGCGAGACUAAUUAAUAUUGUAUUAUAUAGGGGAUUGGCGCCUGAGGGAAAAACUACAUGUAUUUGGCUAUAUGGUAUGGCUACAAAACUGACAUUUGGAUGAAGGCCUAGUGGAUGGAACGGUCAUGGGAUAUUGGUCAACUAUAACAGAAUAUUGAUACACAGAUAACAAUUGAAUCUUUCGCUUAUU